CUGAUUUGUGGUUCCGGUGCUUUAACUGUCAAGCGGUGCCGUUCAAUUAAAAUAAGCUAAAUCUUCCUAUUAUCUACAUAUAUAAAAUACAUAUUUUAUAUAUGGAAUUACAAUAAAAUUGUAAUACAUUUUGCCUGUCUUGUAGUAACAGGACUACAUAUUUAUAUUGGGAAAUGGACAACCAAGAAGCAGAGGAAAUGCCAAGUGAGGACCCAGUGGACAGUGACAAUAUCAAUAUGACUGAGUUCUCAGAUGAGAUCUUGCUGAACAUUUUGAAGUUCGUGCCCACCCAUGACGUGGUUCUCAGCGUCAGGAGGGUGUGUAAGAAGUUUGCCAAUUUGUGCCUGGACAAGAGCCUCGUCUCCACGGUGCGGCUAACCAGGGACUACCAGGCAAGUGAUGACAAAGUUAAACAAAUGAUUAGAGAGAUUGCCAGUCAAAUCCAGGUGCUCAGCAUGAGCAGCUGCUACUGGCUGUCGGGACCAACAGUCGACCAGAUGUCCAAGUGCAAGAGCCUGGUGAAGCUGGACCUGUCUGGAUGCCGCUUGACCUCCUUGCGCCUCUCCAAGAUCCUCUCCUGUCUCUGGGCCCUGCGCUCCCUCGCCAUCGACAUCAGCCACGGCUUCGACUCCAGCCAGCUGAGCAGCGAGAGCAAGGCCACGCUGAGCCAUUUGACAGAGCUCAAGCAGACGCUCCACACACCCUCCUAUGGUGUGGUGCCGUGCUGCACCAGCCUAGAAAGACUCCUCUUGUAUUUUGAAAUUCACAACUUCUCCAGCUUCACGACUUCCUGCCAGCUGAUGGUGGGCCAGAGCAGUGUCCCACACUACCAGAGCCUCCGUAUUUUCUACUCCAGGCUGGCCCCGGGCUACGUCAAUCAGGUAGUCAUGAGGCUGUACCUGACAGUGUUCAGCAUGCGCAUCCCACAGAACCUGCAGGCUUUUGUCAUCUCCAUCCCUGGGAAUUUCCCUGAAAGUGGGGCUGCAGCCAAGAAUCUCUUGGAGGGCAUGGCCCGAAACGUUGCCCUUGAAGCCCUUCAGCUGCCCAAGACCUGGGUGGACGGAUCCUGCCUCCCACACAUCCUGAAACUCAGCACGCCCUCUUAUUUAAAUUUCAGCCGCUGCCUGGUUUUCGGGAACCAGCUGGUGCAUGACGGCAAGGACCUCAAAUCCCUGGUGAGCUUGAACCUCAGUGGCUGUGUCCACUGCCUCUCGAAAGACUGCAGCCGUAAGGCCGAAGAUGACAUUGACUGCGACAUUGUGGAGACCCUCGUGAAUGCUUGCCCUAACAUAAGGCACCUGAACCUCUCCGCGGCACACCACCAUAGCCCUUCCCAUUCUGAGAGUCACGUGUGCACAAUCUUAUCCAAACUGAAGCACCUGCGUUCUUUGGCGUUGCCGGUCUGCACUGUUUCAGAGGAAGACAAAAGCUCCGAUCAGUCGCCGAGCAACAGCCUGCAACCUGUAGCCAACUCAGCUGUUACUCUGGGGCUCAUAAAGAGCACCCGGAUAGGUGUCAAGACUUACAAUCCUAGAAACAGCUCGGAGCAGUCGGGCAGGGACCCGCCCAACUCCAGCUUCAAGGUGCUGCUCGACAGCGCCUCUCUCUUGGAGGAGUUGGAGCUGAUCGGGUCGAGCUUCUCCUCUUCCAUGCCGCGCAACGAGCCCGCCAUCCGCAAGGAGCUGCCGCCCUGUGUGAGGGCCAGGCAGGUUGGGGAUGAGGACAUGGCGGCCGUGGGGCGCCUGGGGCUCCUGCAGAGACUGACCCUGGCACAGCUCCCCGGGAUUGUCAAUGGGGCCGGGCUGGUACAGGUUGGCAUGAAGUGCCAGGAGCUGCAGGUUCUGUCUCUUGCUAACUUGGGCAUGCUUAAAAAAGUAACAUACAUGCCCUCCCUCAUUGAAACACUCAAGCAUUGUAAGCAGCUGAAGGACUUCAGACUUGAGCAGCCUUACAUCAGCGCUAACUCGCAGUUUUUCCAGGCCCUGAGCCACUGCCCCUCCCUUCAGCGCCUCUGCAUCAUCUCCCGCCACGGGACCUUCCAGCCGGACGCGGUGAUGUCAUUUAUGGCCAGCUGCCGCGAUGUCAUUAUGUGUCACAUGUUUACGGGAGAGACCUUGGUGGCUUGCAGAAACCUGCAGCAGGCUCUUCUUCAAAGAACUCCAGGCUCAGUGCUCGGCAGUAUUCAAAAGGCACACAAUGCAUGAUCCAGCCCCACCUAUGGAAUGGCUCACAGAACAAUGAGCCAAAGCAGCCUUUGAGGUUUCUUAUGAAACUGGAGCAUAUCGCAGCCCCUCUUCUGUCACUGAGGGACAGCGAGUGCCACCGAAAACCAGAUGCUGAACGUCCCUGGAAGCAGAGGGCUACACAUGCAUGCAUGAACAAGAAGCUGCAAAGCGGCUCUAUAGGGCUUUAGCUUGCCUCAAUAUAUACAGAACUGUAUAGGCAUUGUGUCCAUGUACUUACACUCUGUACGCUUCUACACACUUGUCCUUGUUUCAGUCACUGGGGCUGGCACAUUAUUUAUUUAAAAGCAUGCAUUAAUACAACAUGCAAUAUUUAAAAGAAAAAAAAAACAGUUUGAGCUAAGCAGAGACAUUGGUUGUGUAGUUAACAAGGUUACAAACAUAUAUUUUCAUUUUUUUUUUUUGCUUUCUGCACCGCAUUUGAUUUGCUGCAGAUGAAUGAUUAUAUUUGAAUUCUUCAGAAUCCGGUUUACAGCGUCUUCAUUCUGAUAAAAAAUGCAAACGGAGCUUUCUUUAUUUAAAAAAAAAAACCUGUCAACAAGUAUCUAAUUCAUUGCAGAAUUGAGAGAAAAUGUAAUUGACAUAGCACUGCAGACAUGUCAAAGUUCCCUGUUCUGAAUGGGAGUGUUUUUCAGUGUUUGAUCACCAGAUGGAGCUGUUGUAAUGCAAUGUUGUGGAGCUUCUGUAAGUAGCCAGUUUGAGUUGAUAAGGGCUGGGGAUAACAGGUUAGAAACAGAGAUUUGCCUAUGGUAACCAGCCUGGCCAAAAACUAAUUAACGCUAAAUGUGUGCCAGGAUUUGUUUAUAACAAAGUUAAGUUCAGGCAUGAAAAAGCAUAAUUACAGUAGGUACUUCAAACACUGUGCGCUAAUAAUGGGUUCUAGGCAUUGCAAGGCUUUGUAAACACUGCCUUUGUGAAUUUUUAUGCCUUGAAUUUCAAAACAACCGAUUGUCGCCCCAACUGCAUGUGAUUUAGGUUUGCCUCAAACACAUCAGUGCACGUUGGCAAGGCAUAAUGAAAUAGGAUCGGGAAGGAGUCGUGGACAGGGCUCCUCCAAGAUAGCCGGAUUUGCAAGUACCUGCCUCAGGCUACUUUAAUAAAUUAAAAAAAAAAAAAAAAAAAAAAAAACAACAACAAAAAAACAGCAGAGCCAAACAAUGAAAUUACAAAACUACCCAAAGGGAUGCAGCAGUGUGGAAAUUUCUCAAACUAAGCUGAAAAAAUAGAUAAUUCGAUCAUCUGGGAAUUGCAUAAGCUCAUCUUAUUAUUCAUGGCAUGGCCCAGCAAAGACAAGCUGGGGAGUGAUCUGUGUUCUUAGAAUUUUAUUUAAAGGCCCUUAUGAACAUACGAUUUUGGUUAUUGCUUUUACAGAAAAGGAAGCCUUUUUGUUUUUUAAGGGCACAAACCUUUUUGAUGCUGUGUGAAUAGAAUGCUACACCACCAUAUAUAUAAAAAUGAUAAUAAAGGGUAUCGAGGAUUGUUCUGUGCAAAAUGUAAAAAAAAAUAAAUGUAGGCUAUUUUAGUUUUUACAUCUGAAGUUGGGUUUCAUGUUUUCCAAAGCAGGAGUAACUGCAUGGAAUUAAUCAGUUGAAUGUUUAGUUCAUUAAACUGCAAUACUUCAUGUAUUUUAUUCAUUAAAAUGCAUUCAAUCUCUGCUAACCUUUUAAGCCCCCUGGGGAGAUUUCUUUAAGCAAACAUUGGGGUUGUGGACUAUGGAACAGCAUGCUAAAGCUCUCCUUUAGAGAGAAAAAAAUAAACUUAUUAAUGCAAAAAUAUCAAAAUGAGAUCCAAAAUGGAUUUCUCUCUCAGUGGUCUAAUUUGAAGGGUUGUCCUGAAACAUUAAAAGGUUACAGUUUCCCAGCAUUUCUGUGUUUCUGUAGCGUUUUGUUUUCUUUUCUUAAUCUGGUCUGGCCAUUUUUAAGGAAAUCCUUUU